AACCAAACUGCGUAAAACCUUGUCCGAAGAUAUAUCGCCCAGUGUGUGGAUCAGAUGGAAAAACGUAUUCUAAUGAAUGCCUGUUGGAGAUUGCCGAUUGUUUGAGUGAAGAAGAUAUCACUAAAGUUCACGAUGGUCCUUGCAGUAAGUAAACCGUCUUUCAAUUUUAAACGCGCAUAAAUAAUUUAUCAUAUUAUCAUUAAAAAUCAGUUAAUUUAACGUUUCAAAAAAACAUUAUGUGAAGCUAUUUUUUUCCAAAGAUAUUUUAAACAUUUUUAACAACUUAUAGAAAGUUCGCAUCGCGACCAUUUGGAUAUGGGAUAAAGUUUCUUCAUCUAUUUACAGCGUCUUCUGCACAAUUUAGCAGCAUUUCUGAUCGACCGAAAAGACGACUCGAAAUAACAAGCGGUCUACACGUGAAAUGCCAAAUCGCGUUAAAACUGAAUUUCUAAUGAUCGAAUUGCGCAAACUAUUGCACGACAGUAGUACCUAUUCUAAUGAGCGGAAAUUUGACACGAAUCGUUGAACAUUUCCAAAUCGACGAAACAAUUUAUAUUAACCAGUAAUAGCUUUAAAAGUAGCUCUACAUUUAGUUGACUAUAUAAGCAGCACAGUAAUACAGUAGAUCAAAUGUAAUUUGUAAUUUAAUUAAAAAGUCAUGCCUUGUUUACGAAAUGCAUGAAGAACCGCUCACGAAGUUCGAAAUUUUCGACUGCCGUACUCGUCAGAUGCAACUAUUGUAGACGUUAGGUCUGGAAAGAAAUGCCAAAAGUAUACUCAAAUUUCACCUUAUUCCUUCGUUAAUUUUGUUAACACAUUGCACAGAAUGAAGAAACAGAAGUCUGUGCAAUACUAUGCCGCACUAUAGUCCAAAAACCUUAGGGAACCGCAUUAUAAAACACGAAUGUAUUUUGUUAUAUUUCGAGGAAACCGUGUUGAAGUGCAUGUAAGUUAUUUGACGGGCUGACUAAUAUUGAGAUUGACCUAGCCAUGCUGUUCCCAUGAUAAUGAACAUAAAACACAGAAGUGUCAAAUUGUAAUGUUUAGCAGGAACAAAGUGUCCAAUAAUAUUUGUCUCCACGUCAUGUGAAGUAAAGAAACAAAUAUUUCCAGAAUCCGUCCGUAAAGUGUAGUAUACUACAAAAACGUUUUGGAGUCACCUUGAAAUACACAGUAUAGAUUAUAACAGUGUAUAUGCGAUGGAAUAUUUCCCGAACUCCAUGCAAGUUAUGCAAUGUUUUGAAUUGAGUUUUAGAAUGACUUAUUUGAAUUUUUUAAUAAUUUUUUUCAAUUUUCUUGCUGCUUAAUUUCCAAAGAACCAAACUGCCUAAAACCUUGUCAGGAGAUAUAUCGCCCAGUGUGUGGAUCAAAUGGAAAAACAUAUUCUAAUGAAUGUGAGUUGGAGAUUGCAGAUUGUUUGUGCGAGGAAGAUAUCACUAAAGUUCACGAUGGUCCUUGCAGUAAGUAAACCAUCUUUAAUUUUAAACGCGUAUAAAUAAUUUAUCAUAUUAUCAUUAAAAAGCAGUUAAUUUAACGUUUCAGAAAAACAUCAUGUGAAGCUAUUUUUUUCCAAAGAUAUUUUAAAUAUUUUUAACAACGUAUGGAAAGUUCGCAUCGCGAACAUUUGGAUAUGGGAUAAAGUUUCUUCAUCUAUUUACAGCGUCUUCUGCACAAUUUAGCAGCAUUUCUGAUCGACCGAAAAAGACGACUCCAAAUAACAAGCGGUCUACAUGUGAAAUAUCAAAUCGCGUUAAAACUGAAUUUCGAAUGAGCGAAUUGCGCAAACUAUUGCACGAAAGUAGUACCUAUUCGAAUGGGAGGAAAUUUGACACGAAUCGCUGAACAUUUCCAAAUUAACGGAAGCAAUUUAUUUUAAAAAGUAAUAGCUUUAAAAGUUGCUUUAUUGCUUUACAUGCAAUGAUCUACAUUUAGUUGACUAUAUAAGGAGCACAGUGAUACAGUAGAUCAAAUCUAAUUUGUAAUUUAAUUAAAAAGUCAUGCCUUUUUUACGAAAUGCAUGGAGAAGCGCUCACGAAGUACGAAAUUUUCGACUGCCUUACUCCUCAGAUGCAACCAUUUUAGACGUCAGGUCUAAAAAGAAAUGCCAAAAGUAUACUCAAAUUUCGCCUUAUUCCUUCGUUAAUAUUGUUAACACAUUGCACAGAAUGGAGCAACAGAAGUCUGUGGAAUACUAUACCGUACUAUAGUCCAAAAACCUUAGGGAACCGCAUUAUAACAUACGAAUGUAUUUUGCUAUACUUCGAGGAAACCGUCUUGAAGUGCAUGUAAGUUAUUUGACGGACUGACUAUUGUUGAGAUUGAUCUAGCCACGCCGUUGCCAUGAUAAUGAACAUAAAACACAGAAGUGUCAAAUUGUAAUGUUAAGAAGGAACAAAGUGUCCAUGCAAUAAUUUUUGUCUGCACGUCAUGUGAAGUAAAGAAACAACUAUUUCCAGAACCCAUCCGUAAAGUGUAGUAUAAUACAAAAACGUUUUGGAGUCACCUUAAAAUACACAGUAUAGUUUAUCAAAGUGUAUAUGCGAAGGACUCUUUCCCGACGUCCAUGCAAGUUAUGCGACGUUUUUAAUUGAGUUUUAGAAUGACUUAUUUUAAUUUUUUAAUAAUUUUUUUUUCAAUUCUCUUGUUGCUUCAUUUAAAAGAACCAAACUGCCUAAAACCUUGUCCGCUGAUAUAUCGCCCAGUGUGUGGAUCAGAUGGAAAAACAUAUUCUAAUGAAUGCCUGUUGGAGAAUGCCGAUUGUUUGAGUGAAGAAGAUAUCACUAAAGUUCACGAUGGUCCUUGCAGUAAGUAAACCGUCUUUCAAUUUUAAACGCGCAUAAAUGAUUUAUCAUAUUAUCAUUAGAAAUCAGUUAAUUUAACGUUUCAGAAAAACAUUAUGUGAAACUAUUUUUUUCCAGAGAUAUUUUAAACAUUUUUAGCAACGUACGGAAAGUUCGCAUCGCGAACAUUUGGUUAUGGGAUAAAGUUUCUUCAUCCAUUUACAGCAUGUUCUGCACAAUUUAGCAGCAUUUCUGAUCGACCGAAAAAGACGACUCCAAAUAACAAGCGGUCUACACGUAAAAUGUCAAAUCGCGCUAAAACUGAAUUUCGAAUGAGCGAAUUGCGCAAACUAUUGCACGACAGUAGUACCUAUUCGAAUGGGAGGAAAUUUGACACGACGCAUUGCACAUUUCCAAAUUAACGGAAACAAUUUAUAUUAACCAGUAAUAGCUUUAAAAGUAGUAUUAUUACUUUACAUGCAAUGAUCUACAUUUAGUUGAGUAUAUAAGCAGCACAGUAAUACAGUAGAUCAAAUGCAAUUUGUAAUUUGUAAUUUAAUUAAAAAGUCAUGCCUUGUUUAAGAAAUGCAUGAAGAACCAUACACAAAGUUCGAAAUUUUCGACUGCCGUACUCGUCAGAUGCAACUAUUGUAGACGUUAGGUCUAGAAAGAAAUGCCAAAAGUAUACUCAAAUUUCACCUUAUUCCUUCGUUAAUUUUGUUAACACAUUGCACAGAAUGAAGAAACAGAACUCUGUGCAAUACUAUGCCGCACUAUAGUCCAAAAACCUUAGGGAACCGCAUUAUAAAACACGAAUGUAUUUUGUUAUAUUUCGAGGAAACCGUGUUGAAGUGCAUGUAAGUUAUUUGACGGGCUGACUAAUAUUGAGAUUGACCUAGCCAUGCUGUUCCCAUGAUAAUGAACAUAAAACACAGAAGUGUCAAAUUGUAAUGUUUAGCAGGAACAAAGUGUCCAAUAAUAUUUGUCUCCACGUCAUGUGAAGUAAAGAAACAAAUAUUUCCAGAAUCCGUCCGUAAAGUGUAGUAUACUACAAAAACGUUUUGGAGUCACCUUGAAAUACACAGUAUAGAUUAUAACAGUGUAUAUGCGAUGGAAUAUUUCCCGAACUCCAUGCAAGUUAUGCAAUGUUUUGAAUUGAGUUUUAGAAUGACUUAUUUGAAUUUUUUAAUAAUUUUUUUCAAUUUUCUUGCUGCUUAAUUUCCAAAGAACCAAACUGCCUAAAACCUUGUCAGGAGAUAUAUCGCCCAGUGUGUGGAUCAAAUGGAAAAACAUAUUCUAAUGAAUGUGAGUUGGAGAUUGCAGAUUGUUUGUGCGAGGAAGAUAUCACUAAAGUUCACGAUGGUCCUUGCAGUAAGUAAACCAUCUUUAAUUUUAAACACGCAUAAAUAAUUUAUCAUAUUAUCAUUAAAAAGCAGUUAAUUUAACGUUUCAGAAAAACAUCAUGUGAAGCUAUUUUUUUCCAAAGAUAUUUUAAAUAUUUUUAACAACGUAUGGAAAGUUCGCAUCGCGAACAUUUGGAUAUGGGAUAAAGUUUCUUCAUCUAUUUACAGCGUCUUCUGCACAAUUUAGCAGCAUUUCUGAUCGACCGAAAAAGACGACUCCAAAUAACAAGCGGUCUACAUGUGAAAUAUCAAAUCGCGUUAAAACUGAAUUUCGAAUGAGCGAAUUGCGCAAACUAUUGCACGAAAGUAGUACCUAUUCGAAUGGGAGGAAAUUUGACACGAAUCGCUGAACAUUUCCAAAUUAACGGAAGCAAUUUAUUUUAAAAAGUAAUAGCUUUAAAAGUUGCUUUAUUGCUUUACAUGCAAUGAUCUACAUUUAGUUGACUAUAUAAGGAGCACAGUGAUACAGUAGAUCAAAUCUAAUUUGUAAUUUAAUUAAAAAGUCAUGCCUUUUUUACGAAGUGCAUGGAGAAGCGCUCACGAAGUACGAAAUUUUCGACUGCCUUACUCGUCAGAUUCAACCAUUUUAGACGUCAGGUCUAAAAAGAAAUGCCAAAAGUAUACUCAAAUUUCGCCUUAUUCCUUCGUUAAUAUUGUUAACACAUUGCACAGAAUGGAGCAACAGAAGUCUGUGGAAUACUAUACCGUACUAUAGUCCAAAAACCUUAGGGAACCGCAUUAUAAAAUACGAAUGUAUUUUGCUAUACUUCGAGGAAACCGUCUUGAAGUGCAUGUAAGUUAUUUGACGGACUGACUAUUGUUGAGAUUGAUCUAGCCACGCUGUUGCCAUGAUAACGAACAUAAAACACAGAAGUGUCAAAUUGUAAUGUUUAGAAGGAACAAAGUGUCCAUGCAAUAAUUUUUGUCUGCACGUCAUGUGAAGUAAAGAAACAAAUAUUUCCAGAACCCAUCCGUAAAGUGUAGUAUAAUACAAAAACGUUUUGGAGUCACCUUAAAAUACACAGUAUAGUUUAUCAAAGUGUAUAUGCGAUGGACUCUUUCUCGACGUCCAUGCAAGUUAUGCGACGUUUUUAAUUGAGUUUUAGAAUAACUUAUUUUAAUUUUUUAAUUAAUUUUUUUUUUUUCAAUUCUGUUGUUGCUUCAUUUAAAAGAACCAAACUGCCUAAAACCUUGUCCGCUGAUAUAUCGCCCAGUGUGUGGAUCAGAUGGAAAAACAUAUUCUAAUGAAUGCCUGUUGGAGAAUGCCGAUUGUUUGAGUGAAGAAGAUAUCACUAAAGUUCACGAUGGUCCUUGCAGUAAGUAAACCGUCUUUCAAUUUUAAACGCGCAUAAAUAAUUUAUCAUAUUAUCAUUAAAAAUCAGUUAAUUUAACGUUUCAGAAAAACAUUAUGUGAAGCUAUUUUUUUCCAAAGAUAUUUUAAACAUUUUUAACAACAUAUGGAAAGUUCGUAUCGCCAACAUUUGGAUUUGGGAUAAAGUUUCUUCAUCUAUUUACAGGGUCUUCUGCACAAUUUAGCAGCAUUUCUGAUCGACCAAAAAAGACGACUCGAAAUAACAAUUUUUUUUACACGUGAAAUGCCAAAUCGCGUUAAAACUGAAUUUCUAAUGAGCGAAUUGCGCAAACUAUUGCACGACAGUAGUACCUAUUCAAAUGAGAGGAAAUUUGACAGGAAUCGUUGAACAUUUCCAAAUUGACGAAACAAUUUAUAUUAACCAGUAAUAGCUUUAAAAGUAGCUCUAUAUUUAGUUGACUAUAUAAGCAGCACAGUAAUACAGUAGAUCAAAUGUAAUUUGUAAUUUGUAAUUUAAUUAAAAGUCAUGCCUUGUUUACGAAAUGGAUAAAGAACCGCUCACGAAAUACGAAAUUUUCGACUGCCGUACUCGUUAGAUGCAAGCAUUGUAGACGUUAUGUCUAGAAAGGAAUGCCAAAAGUAUUCUCAAAUUUCACCUUAUUCCUUCGUUAAUUUUGUUAACACAUUGUACAGAAUGAAGGAACAGAAGUCUGUGCAAUACUAUGCCGUACUAUAGUCCAAAAACCUUAGGGAACCGCAUUAUAAAACACGAAUGUAUUUUGUUAUAUUUCGAGGAAACCGCCUUGAAGUGCAUGUAAGUUAUUUGACGGACUGGCUAAUAUUGACAUUGAUCUAGCCACCCUGUUGCCAUGACAAUGAACAUAAAAGACUGAAGUGUCAAAUUGUAAUGUUUAGGAGGAACAAAGUGUCCAAUAAUUUUUGUCUCCACGUCAUGUGAAGUAAAGAAACAAAUAUUUCCAGAAUCCGUCCGUAAAGUGUAGUAUAAUACAAAAACGUUUUGGAGUCACCUUAAAAUACACAGUAUUGUUUAUAACAGUGUAUAUGCGAUGGAAUCUUUCCCGACGUCCAUGCGAGUUAUGGGACGUUUUUAAUUAAGUUUUAGAAUGACUUAUUUGAAUUUUUUAAUAUUUUUUUUCAAUUUUGUUGUUGCUUCAUUUUCAAAGAACCAAACUGCCUAAAACCUUGUCCGAAGAUAUAUCGCCCAGUGUGUGGAUCAGAUGGAAAAACAUAUUCUAAUGAAUGCCAGUUGGAGAUUGCUGAUUGUUUGAGUGAAGAAGAUGUCACUAAAGUUCACGAUGGUCCUUGCAGUAAGUAAAUCAUCUUUCAAUUUUAAACACGGAGAAAUAAUUGAUCAUAUUAUGAUUAAAAAUCAGUUAAUAUAACGUUUCAGAAAAACAUUAUGUGAAGCUAUUUUUUUCGAAAGAUAUUUUAAACAUUUUUAACAACGUAUGGAAAGUUCGCAUCGCGAACAUUUGGAUAUGGGAUAAAGUUUCUUCAUGUAUUUACAGCGUCUUCUGCACAAUUUAGCAGCAUUUCCGAUCGACCGAAAAAGACGUCGCGAAAUAAGAAGCGGUCUACACAUGAAAUGUCAAAUCGCGUUAAAACUGAAUUUAGAAUGAGCAAAUUGCGCAAACUAUUGCACGACAGUAGUACCUAUUCGAAUGAGAGGAAAUUUCAGACGAAUCGUUGAACAUUUCCAAAUUAACGGAAACAAUUUAUGUUAACCAUUAAUAGCUUUAAAAGUAGGUUUAUUAUUUUACAUGCAAUGGUCUACAUUUAUUUGACUAUAUAAACAGCACAGUGAUACAGUACAUCAGCUUGUAGACCAAAUGUAUUUUGUAAUUUAAUUUAAAAAUGUUGUUUACGAAAUGCAUGCAAAACCCUCCGUGAAUACGAUAUUUUCGACUGCCGGAGUCGUGAUAUGCAACCAUUGUAGACGUCAGGGCUGGAAAAAAAUGCAAAAACUGAUCCUAAAUAUUACCCUAUUCUUUUGUUAAUUUUUUAACACUUUGCACGGAAUGAAAAACAGAAGUCUCUGGAAAAGUAUAGCGUAGUAUAGUGCAAAAACCUUUGGGAACCGCGUUAUAAAACGCGAAUCUAUUUUGCUUAUAUAUGAAGGAAUCCGUCGUGAAGUGCAAUUGUAAGUUAGUUGACGGGUUGACUAAUUUUGAGAUUGAUCUGACCACGCUGUUGCCAUGAUAAUGAGCAUUAGACGCAAAAUUGUCAAAUUGUAAUUUUUAGCAAGAACACGCAGCCAUUUAUUGCCUAAAAAAUCAUCUUUUUCAUUUUACAUCCAAUGACCUCAAUUUAUUUGACCAUUAGGUAGCGUAUGCAGUAAUGUAGUCGAUCAAACGUAAUUUGUAAUUUGUAAAUUAACAAAAAAACAUGUGUUGUUUUCGAUAUGCAUGUGGGAUCCACCGCGGAAAAGAGAUUUUCGACUGCCGUACAAGUCAAAUGCAUCCAUAGAUAUAGCAAAGAAUAGCAAAUGAAAACUAAGUUUCACCCUAUAUCUUCGGUAAUAUUUUAACACUUUUCACAAAGGAAAGAGACAGAUGUCUGUGGAAUGUUAUAAAGCAGCAUAGUGGAAAACGGUAUAGGGAGCCGUCUUAAAAAAUAAAUGUAUAUUUCACAACAUAUCGAGGAAUUUUUGCUGAAGUGGGUGUAAGUUAUUGAUUGCCUGCUAAUAAAUCGACAAAGCCGGCGCCGUAUCUAUUUCGAUAUAAUAUUUUUGGAUUAAAGAAAUUAUGUCAUUACAUGAACAUUAUUUUUGAUGCAAACCAUUAAAAACAUUUUCCGAAAGUGAUUUUUAAAAUGACCGAUAAAAGACUCAUUUCGAGAUUUAUCUAUGCACGCUGUUGCCAUGAUGACGCGGACAUUAAUUAAUUAAACACAACAAAGCAAAUUGUAUUGUUUGGCAAGGACGUUGUCAAUGUGUCCUAUAAUUUUCGCCUUUAUGUCAUGUUAAGCGAAAAAUAGAAAUAUUUUGAAUCAUUUAAAAGUGUAGUAUAAGGAAAAAAUUUUUCUUGUAUCCACAUCAAAAUUUCCCUGCUGGCAGAGGUCUCUAUUUGUGCUGGGAAACGUAGGAAAAGUGACCUCUGCCUAGAUUUGACACUUCCUCAGUCCAUGGUCGUAGACGAGUCAAACCAGUUUGUAAAACAAGUUCUAAAACCGGUUUAGAGAAACAAAUACCGGUAGUAUGCAUGCUCAGAGCUGAAUUACGCUGUAAUGAUAUUGAGCCUGUAGUUUCAAAAUGGCGGCUUGUACAGCGUGGUAAUGUCGAGGUUUUUCAUGUUGUUUGAAAGUUUUCUAAGUUAUGUGAUUGAUAUUUUCAAAGAUGAAACUGUGAAAGCAGUGACAGAAGAACAAAAGAAAGUUUAAAGUUUGCCCAAAUUCUUAUGAAGUAUUUAAUAAAGUUACCUUAAUUUAACCUAUUUUUUGACAAAUCUGUCCAAAUUUUCUUGACUUUUCCUGGCAUUUGCUCAGGUUAGCCUACUAGAAGGAUUAAACUGGUAUUCCUUAUUAAUUAGAUGACAUAGUUGAUUAUUGAAAAUUAUCCACGCUGAUUGGUUGCCGUUGAGUUAAUUAUAACGCGAUAAUCCCCGAAGCGAUGUUCGAAAUGGCGUCCGAAACCGUUUUGUCAAUUAAAUGACGAAAAUUUGUGUAGUUUUGAUUUUCUUCCAAAUAAUCAGCAAUCAAUUACACUAAAACAAUCAUUCAUCCCAGGCUCGACAUCGAAAUCACCUCGCCUUUGGCGAAUAAUUGUUAAUUAUAAUUUUUUACUCAAAUCUUGUAUGACGGAACUUUCGCUAAGCCACAUUUUAGUAAUUCUGUGUUUGUAUAAUUAGACCAUAUAGCCUUAGUAUAAAAAAAUUAUUUUAAUAACUACGUUUCGGAGUGUAACUCCAUCUUCAGGUUAUCCACGAUUUCAGUUCACUUUUCAAGACGCGGUUGCGAAGUUCGUUUCCAAGUUCCCAAUUACGUUUCGAAGUUCGGAAGUUGGGCGGGAACUUCGAAACGAACUUUAAAUCGAGUUGAAGAUUGUGUUCUGAGGGUCACGCAUAAUGUUACGUCAUCACAAUGGAAUGCUCAAGGACAAAUUGCGCAAACUGAAGUGCAAAUGCAAUUGCGAACAUCAAAAUUCAACUCUUUAAUACCAAAUUUCAGUUCAUUUAUAUCAUAAAGCACGGAACGAACAACAAAAUCUGGAACUUGGAAUGCAAAAUUCAAACAUUAAUUUUGGUAGUAAUUAUCCUCCAUAAUAAAUUUAGUAAUACAUUUGACAUCUGUGUAUAUAAUCUCUUACGCUGAAUCGAACGGUGGUAUUUUUGUCCUUAUUGGGCGCAUAUAAAAACCAGAGAUAAUCCGAGGGACGACUGAACUGGAAGGAGCAUGAGGGCAGCUGCCCCUCCUGCAUUUUGCUAAGAGGGGCAAGGGAGGCAGAUGUGCCCUUCUAGUUAUAAAAUACUACCUGUUAAAUCACAUUUCCAGUGAUUCUUUUUGGGCAAAAUCAUGAGGUGUGAUCUUGAGUGUGACCUGAUUAGGUGCGUUUACUUUCACUGGCAAGUCAACACAUAAUUAUAGGUUUAUAUCUUCACCGGGGUCUAUAGAGGUGCCCUUUGGUGUGCGUUUGCCACCCCUGCCUUUUUAUCGUUCCGGCAUCCCUGGAUAAGGCGCAGCAAAAAGUCAAUCGUGAGAGUCCGAAAUUAAUUCGAAAGAAAACUUUCCUCUAAAAAAGGAAUUCGGAAAACGUACACGAUUAUUUGGAGCGGCUUUUCUUUCAAAGGCCAUAAAUCGCAAGAAUAGAAAUCAAUAUUGAAAUCAAUUUUCCAUCCGUAAAUACAAGUUUUCACGCUGAUUCGAACACUAGUAUUUUUGUCAUUGUCUGACGCAUAAAACCAGAGAUAAAGCCUAGCAAGUAGUCGGUCUUCUUGAGAGUACAAGAUUUAAUAACAAUUAAUAAAUUCCGAGCACGUGCAAGGAAUUUUUAGUAGGUGAUCGCCUGUCACUUUCAUGCUCAAAACCACGAGCAAAUUUGGGAAAACUUUAAAAUUUUCCCGCAUGUGUCAGCAGUUUCCAAGAGUCUUUGUUUGUGUGUAAUCCAGAAUGCAGCUUUUAAUACUUAAAAACGCGGCCAUUGACUCUCGCGCCCUUCGCCGCUUGUUGCUACUACACGGCUAAAAACGCACAGGUUGUUCCAAGUUGAUAUCGACAGGCGUGAACAAUGUUGCGCGGCCAACUAUGAACAAGUUGUCUGCCAUGUUGUUCCAAGUUGUUACAGUUGAACAAUGCUGUAACAACAUGUUGACAAUACUGUUCAUAGUAGCCAGUACAACCUUGUUCACGCCUGUCGAUAUCAACCUGGAACAAGUUGUUGAUUUUCUCAAUUUUUACACGUGUAGUAGGCUAUCAGCCUAUCACUAAUAGCCUACCAGUAGCGUAGCCAAUCAAAACGCACGAUAUAUGAUAGCCUACUAGUAGGUUUAUACUAAAUAAAUAAAAUAUAAUAACGUUUUAAUUCAGAAUUUCACACUUCACAGAUGAUGUUUGCAUUUUCACUCCAUUUCCACAUAUGUAAUUAUACAUUCGAAAUAACAGAUUAAUAUUUUCUUGGAAUAAACUAUAACUCCUCUUUUAAACAAACUAAAUUAAUAUAUUUACUUACAUUUCAGGCCGGUAAAAAAGCAAGAAAAGGGCAGCUGUACCAUUGUCGGUUUACAUGCACAGUAGAAUGGAGAUGUUAGGUCUAAGUACUGUUAGUGACAUGACCUGUUUUAGCUUAGUUAUAACUUUCUAGAAGUAAGAAUUGAAAUGUAAUUUUAGCACAGUAUGUAAUUUUAAGAAGCACAUGCGGUCCUUUUAAUAAAAGUUAAAUUCACUUUGAAA